AUGUAACGAAGGAUUUAAAUAAUCACCUCCACCAUGUUGAAGAUAAACCUGUUGAAUCUAUCGAAUGAGUUAAUAAUUUCGUUCUCCCUCACUCUUGAAUUAAUUGCAAAGAUCUGGUCAGCUUCCGCAUUCUAUUUUACAACAUUUACGUUGCAGGAGCUAGGAGCUUACAGAAGAUUGGUGUUCUUGGUAAGUAGUAAAUCAAAUUUGUUACGCAUGCUUAUGAAUUCAAAUCUAAACAUUUGGCCAGUAUAAUUGGAACUAGGACUAUAAAACCCCAUCAGAAUGAUUAUCUCUAUUUAAACUUUGUAUGUCCUUUGGUUACGCAGGUGCAUCAAUCAGUGCAUUUGGUGUCGCUAUUAUAGUCCUAGCCUAUCUUUGGAGCAGAAAGAUGAAAAAGAGUCAUAAAUGUGAGGUCAUUUUCGAAAAUCAUGGAAUUUUAGUAACGAGAAGAUAUUCAUACGCUGACAUUAAGAGAAUGACCAACUCAUUCAAAGAAAAACUAGGCCAAGGAGGCUAUGGUUGUGUGUACAAAGGGAAGCUCCCAAAUGGUCAUCUCGUGGCAGUGAAAAUCCUAAGCAAGCUCAAAGGAGAUGGUGAAGACUUCAUCAAUGAGGUAAACAGCAUGAGCAGAACUUCCCAUGUCAACAUCGUUACUCUGCUAGGUUUCUGCUUUCACAAAACCAAAAGGGCUCUUGUCUAUGAGUACAUGCCCAAUGGAUCUCUGGAGAAACUCAUAUACGAGGAGAACUACAGCAAGCUAGGUUGCCGCCACCUCGGAUGGGACACCUUGUACCGAAUCUCCCUAGGCAUAGCUCAAGGACUCGAAUACUUGCACCGAGGCUGCAACUCGAGAAUAUUACACUUCGACAUAAAGCCGCACAACAUUCUUCUCGAUGAAAACUAUUGCCCCAAGAUUUCUGACUUUGGCCUUGCAAAGAUAUGCCAUCGAGAGGAGAGCACGAUCUCACUACUCGGCGCGCGAGGGACUGCGGGGUUUAUUGCGCCAGAAGUAUUUUGCAGGAACAUCGGAGGAAUAUCCCAAAAAUCAGAUGUGUACAGCUUUGGGAUGACAGUGCUCGAAAUGGUUGGGGGGAGGAAAAAUAUAGUAACCGAAGCAGAGAGAACCAGUGAAAUAUACUUCCCGCAUUGGAUUCACAAGCGUCUUGAACUUCAAGAAGAGUUUGGACUGCAGAAUGUCACAAGCGAAGGAGACAGAGAGAAAGCUAGGAAGAUGAUAAUAGUGAGCUUGUGGUGCAUACAGACUAAUCCUUCAAUUAGGCCAACAAUGAGUGAGGUGGUGGAUAUGCUUAGAGGCAGUGUUGACUGCUUGCUAGUUCCUCCCAAGCCCUACCUGUCUUCUCCAUCAAGAUCAUCACCAACCACUUCAAUGUCCAUGGCUGUGUGA